AAUGGCGGUGGCGCGAGAUGGAGGAGUCGAGAUCGGAGACAAAAACAAAAACAAAACUUCGCGUUGCUGCGGGAGUUGCGUGUUUGGUCUCCGUUUCUUCCGGAGUCUUUAGGCAAUAGGGGCGUCAACUUGCCGUCAGACUUUAGCUCUCUCUCUCUCGGCGAUCCGGGCGGCGUCUCAGAAGCGCUGCGGAAGGAGCUUUGCUUCGUUUGGGAGUGGUGGAUUUUGGAGGGUUUCGACGGAUUAAUGAUUGUUCCGCGAUGGAAUUAUGAGUCUUUUUGAGGUUUUGGCGGCUUUCGCAGGGGAGCUUUUGUCUAAUGGUUAAAGAACGAGGAGGGCUUGUUGAUUUUAUCCCCAUUUUUUUGGUUGUUGAGAUCGGGAUUUUUUGGGUCUUUCUCUUAAGAAUUUGCAUUGACGUGAAUCCGUCGAAGUCAGUGGAAUUUGGUCAAGCAAAGAGUCGCCGUUCCAUAUCUGAAUCGGUGGAGUUAAGUUCUUCGAUUUGAAUUCGUGGUCGUGACUAAGAAUUAGCACCGAAAGGCGGCGCCUUCCUGGUAGAAGAACGCUUUUGUUAGAGCCGGAGAGAGGGGCGCAUAUACGCUACCCGUGGCCAUCAAGUGACGGAGCCCCGUCCGUUUCAAGGGAACCGAGGAGUAGGGAUUGAUGCAGGUGCGGGCCACUAGCGUUUCUUUUUUGCGCGAGACAAACUCUGAUGGCUGCUAGGAAUCAGAGAUAGGGUUCAGUUGCUAUCUUAGGCAUAGCACCUUCUCCGAAGUAAUCGAGGCCUUCUUGUCAUUUUGCUAGGGGCUUUGUAGGGUGGUGGUACUUGGAGUUGCUUUGGAGUUAGUGAGGGUGAUCAGGUUGGCGUUUCACGAGCACUCGAACUUUGUUCGCAGGCUUACAAGAAGAAGCGGUCUUCAAGUUCUUCGAUUUUCCUCUUGUGAGAAGCCUUUGCGGGGUUGAUUUAGCAGAGGCCAGGGCGAGCUAGUUGUGUCUUGCCACCAUCUUCUGUAAGGAUUGUUUCUUUUUGGCUGAUCGAGCUGCUCAAGGGAAAUUCCAGCCUAUUAUCAUGGCGAUGGGGCCUCCAAAUUGUUCAGUAGGUCUAGGGUCCUCAUGUGAUGGUUUGUAUAAGGAACUAUGGCAUGCAUGUGCUGGACCUCUCGUUACUGUGCCUUGUCAAGGAGAACGGGUUUAUUACUUUCCUCAGGGUCACAUGGAACAGCUUGAAGCACCAUCAGACCAGGAGAAUGAGCAGAAGAUGCCAUUGUUUAAUCUACCCUCAAAGAUCCUAUGCAAGGUGAUUCAUGUUGACUUGCACGCUGAACCAGAUACAGAUGAAGUUUAUGCACAGAUCACACUGCUUCCCGAGAUAAAUCAGCAAGGUGAGGUUACCACCCCAGAUCCACCUCUUCCUGAGGCAGAAAGGUGUACUGUCCAUUCUUUUUGUAAGAUUCUGACAGCUUCAGACACCAGCACCCAUGGUGGGUUCUCAGUUCUUAGGCGACAUGCAGAUGAGUGCCUUCCUCCAUUGGAUAUGUCCCAGAAUCCACCUUCACAAGAAUUGGUUGCCAAAGAUCUUCAUCGAAAUGAGUGGCAUUUUCGUCAUAUAUUUCGAGGGCAUCCUAAGCGCCAUCUUCUCACAACCGGAUGGAGUGUCUUUGUUAGUGCAAAGCAAUUAGUAGCUGGUGAUGCAUUUAUCUUUUUGAGAGGCGAGAAUGGUGAAUUGCGAGUUGGUGUGAGGAGGCUUAUGAAACAACAAAAUAACAUGCCAUCAUCUGUCAUAUCUAGUCAUAGCAUGCAUGUUGGAGUUCUAGCUACUGCUGCUCACGCUUUCUCUACAGGGACUCGCUUUUCUGUUUUCUACAAACCCAGAACAAAUCGUUCUGAGUUUGUCAUCAGUGUUAACAAGUAUCUUGAAGCCAAGAAUAAAAAAAUUUCCGUGGGGAUGAGGUUUAAGAUGAGAUUUGAAGGCGAUGAGGCUCCGGAGAAAAGAUUCAGUGGUACUAUAAUUGGCAUGGGUGAUACUAAGACUUCCAUAUGGGCAGAUUCAGAAUGGAGAUCCUUAAAGGUACGGUGGGAUGAACAUUCGUCCAUCAUGCGGCCAGAUAAAGUUUCACCAUGGGAAUUGGUGCCACUUGUAGCAGCUACUCAUCUAUCCUCUCAACCAGUUCAGAGAAGCAAACGUGCACGACCACCAGGUUCACCUGAAUUAUGGAAAUCCCCAGAGGAAACUAGACAAAAUUACUCAGUUUCUGAGACACAGUCCUCUUCAUUCUCAGCAGCAUCAAAGUUUGACACCAUUGGUUUUAGUGCAAAAACUGGAACAUCAACUGUCACCAACAGUCCCAUCUACUGGCCAAUUAGGACAUCAGCUCAAACUAAAUCCUUCUUGACAAGCAUUAAUGAGGGACCAAAUGAAACAAAGAAGGAGGCGACCAUGGGCUGCAGGCUCUUUGGGAUCCAACUAAUCGAGAGUGCUGCAACAGAAGAAAUUUCACCAGUGGUUACGAUUUCUAGCAUUGCAGAGGACCAACCGUUGACAUCUUUGAUUGUGGAUUCUGAUAGGAAAUCUCAGCCAUCAAAUGUUAAAAGGUCUGAUACUCCGGCAAUUAGCAGUGAAGUUGAUAAGUCAUGCUUGAAGUCACCACAAGAGACAUAUAGCCGCCAAACAAGGAGCUGCACCAAGGUUCAUAUGCAAGGGUUUGCAGUUGGGAGGGCAGUGGACUUGACGAGACUAAAUGGAUAUGAUGAGCUUUUGCACAAACUGGAAGAGAUGUUCAGCAUUGAAAGAGAACUUACUGGUGCAGUCAAUAAGUGGGUAAUUGUCUACACAGAUGAUGAGGAUGACAUUAUGUUGGUUGGCGAUGACCCAUGGAAUGAAUUCUGCAGCAUUGUGAGGAAGAUACAUAUAUACACGUGCGAGGAGGCCAAGAGGCUGUCUCCCAAGAUUAAGCUUCCAGUCAUCCGUGGUGAUAUCAACUUCAGAGUGAAGAAAGCUUCGUCUGGUGCGGAUGACUAUAAAAACCACCCUCAAUAACCAUCUUGCGUUGCUAAUCAGGAUUGCUGGCAAUUUGACACCAAGCUUCUCACCAAGUUGGAGCACUGUCGAAUAUAGAUUUGGCUGCUGGCUCAUCAUGUGUCCAAUCUGUUCCUGGUCUGUGUAACCCUUGCCUAGGCUGGUUUUCAUUGAUUGAAAUGUUGUUUGCAUCUCCAAUGGCCACCACAGAAGAUGGAUGCUGAUGGUGUCUUAAAUAGUUAUUGACAUGGCCUUUUUUUUUAAGGCCAGUCCUAACAGCUCAUUCCGAGAUCACUUUAACCAGUAGUGAAAAGGAAAUGGGCUUUUGACAAUCAUUUGCUGAGAUAGGAACAUGCAUUACUGCACCUCACUGUCUUGUAUUGUAUGCAGCUGCUCUUCUGUCCAACACUCAAGUUGUUUUUGUUGGGACUCUAUUUAUCCUCUCCUGAGUUAGAACUUCUGUGUGUUUCAUCACUUUCUAUUAUUGUCACUAGAAAUUAUGUAAAUAUAAGUUAAAUUAUUUUUCA